UUAUGUUCGCCGCCGGCGCCAAACAACCGGCAAGGCCAGGCUAAGAAUGGAUACUCGCAGGGAAGAGGGCAUGGUUCUAUGACCCUGUUAUUAGGAGUGUGGCUCACCUACUUAUAUCAUACGUACCAUAUCUCCCACCCACCACCCCAGAGAGACACCGCAAUGGAAUCUUCUGACUCUCCUCGUCGUUUGCCCCAGUGGGUCCAACGGAGGAGGUCGUACGCCUACGUGGCUUGUGUUUUCCUUCUUUUCUUCUUGUGCUUCAGAACCCAUCACAAUAAGGGUGGAACUGAAUUGGGUUUUCAUUCCUAGCUUGGAAGUAACGCAAGGAGUGGUCAGUGUUCACACUGGAGAAGAACAAAAAGGAGCAAAUCUCAUUUAGUCAAGAAGAAGUAGCAACUAUGAGCUGUUCUUCAUAUUGUUUCUGUAAUCUGUAAUCUGUAAUCUGAUUCUGAUCAGAUCAGCUUCUUCCUACACUUGAACAGAGAACAUGUAUUACUACUUAAUCGGAGGGGUUCUGGUUCUCUUUCUUGUUCUGAUUAAUAAGUUCUACAAGAAGCGAACAGUGAUCAAUGCCGAAGAGGAUACCACAGCAGCAGCGCCAGUCCUGGACUUGGUAUCAUCAAAUUCCUCUUCAUCAUCCACCAAUGGAGGACGGCGUUAUGAAGUGUUCUUGAGCUUUAGAGGUGCAGACACUCGUACCAACUUCACCGAUCAUCUCUACACUGCUUUGGUAGAUGCUGGAAUCAAUACUUUUAGGGACGAUGAUGAGAUCCGAAUUGGGAGAGAGAUCGGUUCAGAGCUUCUCACAUCUAUAGAACAGUCGAGAAUUUCCAUCCCAGUUUUUUCUAAAAAUUACGCUUUUAGCAAAUGGUGUCUCAUCGAGCUCGCUAAGAUAGUUGAGUGCAGAGAAAAAAUGGGUCAGAUUGUGUUACCCAUUUUUUACCAUGUUGAACCAUCGGAUGUUCGAAAUCAGAAGGGGGACUAUGCGAAGGCUUUCAAGCAGCACCAGAAGCGUUCUGCAAGAAAGAUCUUGGAGGAGUGGAAGGGAGCUUUAAGAGUUGCUGGGGCAUUAAAGGGCUUAAACGUAGAGAAUAGGGAUGUGAAUAUGACAAGGUGUUUUGGCAAACAAGCCUGGAAUGAAGUUCCAUCGAAUCACCAAAAUUCCUUUUCAAGUAAAUUGUUCCUGACACCUUUUGUAUGUUUCCAAUAGAUUGAUUGCCCCUGGCCUGGAUGCAGAUUCACACAAAGUGAUGUGUGGGUAUUACUUAUUUGUUAUUCCACAUGUAACUUUGAGAACAAAUAUUGAACAUUUUGAUUAGUUUCUAGACCAAAGGCAUCAAAGGUUAUUUUCAUGACUAAAUGUUAUUUUCUUUCUUUGGGUAAUGGCAUAACAUUAGAUAUUUCUACUUGUAAUUGUUGUUAGGUUAUAAUGACAAAUUUGACUGCAGAAGACCAAAGAAAGAAAAAUGAAAAGAAAAGAGUUAGUUGUAUAAAUAUUGGAUGAAUUCCCUAACUCCUUGGUUAUUGCCUUAAAUUGGACCGCUUUCCUUUUUUCUUUUGGGUUUUAAACAGAUUUUAUUUUCAGAAAAAAGAAAAAAAAUUACGAAGGAGAGAAAGUGUGUAAAUAAUACACUAUCUACUGAAUUGAUGUUUUGCACUAUUUUUUAGACUGAUUCACACAAAUAAAAGAAACAAAAUGAAACUCCUUAAGCUGGUUGCAGCUAUCUAUUGAAUUGAUGUUUGAAUCUCUGAAGGUUCUGAAGACAAUUGUCGAUGGAUCAAUUUCCUAAAGGUUUUCAGCACCAUAAACCAUCACCAGUUUGGACUUUAAUGCUUUUAUUUAGAUCAUUGCAUUCCAAAAACUUCUGCUUCCUGGAUCAAUGCUGAACCAAGUUGACUUCUAAUGCAUUUUCCAGCGACAGAUCUUUAUUGACCGGAAUGGACAUCUAUCCACUUCCCACCAUGUCUUUGUUUUUAUCAAUGUUAAUUUGUCCACAAAAGCAAUGCAUUCAUCCGCGCUACAACACAUGGGAUGUUAAGGAACCUUACUUAAACAUGGUAUGUGAAACAUCUCUCAUUUCAUAACUCAGAUUGUUGUAUUUUUUUAAAAAUUUCCAACAUUUUUCUGUCAAUAAAUAAAUAAAUCUUUAGGAUCUAAUUUUAACCUUUCAAAACACAUGGUCUACUGGUACUUCCAAAUAUUGCACCAACUAUGAGCCCAUAAAACUAGGAUUCUAUACAUAAACAGUUAGCUUCAAAAAACCUGUUACCAGAUACCUCCAAUGCUGCGGUUUUCUUCUGACCUUUUCUUUCAUGUUGAUGUUCAAAUGAAGCAUAUAUGGUUUUGUUCUGAUAUCCCCACAUGGAUCAAGAGCUAUAGAAAACUAUUUUGGUUGCUCUAAUUUUUUUUCUCAAAUGGCCGAUGCCCCAAAUUAAUAUUUUCCACAAAACCAGUUCAGGUGGGGCUCCAAUGGUCCAACCUUUUCCCAUUGAUAAUUUCUAUCUCUAUGGCCUUCACCUCUUGUAUCUAUAAUCUUUUCUUUAGCAUUUUUCUUUCCUUUGGUAUUCUGUCUAGAAUUCUAAUGGGUAUUUUCAGAAUUGACUUAGCUUUCUUGUGUGAAAAUAUCUCCCUUACUACCUUGAAUUGCAUCUCUGUUGUCUAUCAGGUCUUCAACUAUUCCUAGAUUAUGGUGACAUGACUUUUGUCUAAUAGGUCACCCAUUGUCAAAUUCAAGACUGUCCAAAUGGAUGCAACUUUUCCAUUUACAUUUCUCUUCACUAAACUUUAGUCAAAAAAUUUUCUUUCAAAAUAUCUCCUGUUGUUGUUUUCCUCCAAAAUACCCUUCCACGCCUCCUGGGAAAAAACCCUGCAAAAGCUAGAGUCAUGCCAUUAUAAAUCAGAGGGAUAGCUUUUUCCUUGGGCACUCUGGUCCAAAGAUGCCAUGUUUGCCACUAACCAAGCAUUGUUGAAUCUCUCAAGAUCCUGAUUCUGUCUUUUCCUUAGCAGCAGGAAAGGAGACUAUCUGUCUGCCUAGCUUUGGUAGAUUCCCCACCCCCCCCAAAAAAAAAA